AUGAAGCUCUCUCUCCUCGCCGCGGCACUGGUCUACGCCUCCACAGCCUCGUGCGCCGCUAUCACAUACACCAUCCAAAAGGCAUCCAACCCAACGGCGGAUCAAACAGACGCAUACAACAAGAUCGAUGCCGCUAUGAAGCUCGCCAUCGCCCGCUACGGCAAAUAUUGCAAUGCGAAAUGCACAAAGAAGAUCACCGUUCAAUACGAGCCCAGCGUGCCCACCGCGGAUGCCAACUACGCCGGCAACAUGAGAUUCGGCUCCAACCGCUCCUACAUGACUGAGCGUACCGCAAUGCACGAGAUCUCACACACCCUUGGCGUUGGCCAAACAGCAAAUUUCGACUCGUUGUGCGCAUCUGGAAGCUGGAAGACGGCACUGCCCCUGCUGAGGAGCUUCGAUGGGUCUAGCGCGAAGAUCAGCUGUGGUGGAUCGCACUUUUGGCCCUACGGAUUGAAUUACGAAACUGAGAUGAGCGAAACAAAUGCGAACCGACAUGUGCAGAUGAUGCAAGCUAUGCUUAACGAUGGUAUGUAG